CGUAACCGGCAAGCUCGUCGCCCGGGGCGGAGGCAUUGCUUGUCGCAGUGGGGAGCACCUCCCGCGCAAGAGAAGUGUCAACCUCGGGGAAGAGAGUCGCGACGUUCUCAGCCGUGAUUCUCGGCGGCUCGGUGACGGUAGUGGUGGUACUCAUCCUGAUGAUUUGGCUGGAAGAUGGAAGAAAUCGACUAGGCCUCCGCUGCUGUACAGAAUGGGGCGAAAAGAGUGAAAUCUUGGGGAGGGAGAACGACCCCCUCGACGUGGGGAGAACAGAGCGGGCGCCAGGGCGGUGGCAGAAAACCCAUCGAGCGGCGCGGUUCAUCAUUUCCUUCUUGCAAUUGGGUCAUUCGCGGCCCUAUUGCUUAUAUUGUUCUUGUGCAGUCUACGGACAAACUGUUCUGGCUGGCGGCAUAAUCGCUUCGGUAAACAGGAUACUCCGGCACUCCCUCAUUGGUAUGUUGGAGCAGAAUGCCAAUCAUGCGCUCAAUGUCAGCUGAAUACCCUGCCGUGGCAUCUCCCUUUCCCUGGCCAGGUCUGCAAGCAGCUGGAUUGAACGUCCGUCAGUACAGAGCCUAGAAU